GCCAGACACAGAGGCACGCAUGCUCACACAGAAUCUCGCGCAGGAGCAGGCAGACGCGCGCUUGCACGCCCGCACGCACACACUCUCACACACAUACUCACACACCCUUCCUGGAGGUAUUGGGAGCAGCUGCGGCAUUAGCGUUAAAAGAGAUUGGUCGUUGACUUGAGUUCUUGUUCUUAUUGAUGAAUGGUCCAGCGACUGCCUUAGGAGCUUCUCAUAUUGGAUUCUGCUGAAAGGAGGAUAUCGGUUCAUGUAUUUUUUUGCUCUCCAUCUUUUUUCCCCCCCAACCCUCUUCUGGUGUGUUGGUGCUGCCAAGAGGACGAUUCUGAUCGAAUGAAGAUGGUGGUGAAUUUGGCCUCCUCUACAUUCAGAAAUCUAUAAAGCUGUAAGCUUUCACUAUAACUCCGAGCAGAAAAAGGGGGGGGGGGACGAAAUUUUCUCACUCAUUUUUUCUAAGGGGGCUCUUUUGUUUUCCCGAGGCUUGGCUGAGCACUCCCGCGGUGAAUUGAGCUAUUGUUGAAAGACGCCGGGGCCUCUUAAUCUGCAAUUCUUUAACCAUCUAUCCCCCCACCAUCUCCCAGCAUCUUCACCCCCUUCACCUUAAUUAAAUAACCGGAUCGGAAUACCCGCCACCUAAAUCUCUACUCACCUCUGAUGCCCCAAUUCCCUCAUCUCUACCCUUUGCCCCCCUCCUCCUGUUCCUCCUCCUUCUCCUCCUACAGCUGAGCAGCUACGUAAUGUGCCUCCCUACGCAUACAAAUGGGGAUGUUACAAAUGGUGGUCAGGACCGAUACCGAUAAAACGGUGAUGCCUGGUGCAAUCGCCUCCGCCGUCUCCACCUUCACAGACAAGCCUGGGAAAACACAGGGGACUCCGCCGAUGAUCCGCAGUCGUAAGACGAAUGAAGUUUUCCUGUGGAUGUGAAUGAUGUGCGUGCAUACGUACGUAUACAAGCGUGCAGGCUGGCUCCUGCCAUCAUGUCUCUUGUCUGAGCCAUCAAAGGGGACACCCCAGCUAAUGUGGGGGAGGCACUAAGUCUCAGGUGGGCCUCCCCCUAACCCCUUGUCCUUCCCUCAACCCAGUCCCCCGACUACCCUAGUAGCCUUGUGGCAAGGCUGCCUUUGCUGGGGUAUCACUAUGAAAAAGAACCGCAACACCAACCAGUGGCGGGCCUGGCCCAGUUCUGAUCUCUUAGAACGGUCAUUGGAGUGUAAUCUCUCUCGUAGCGAGAAGGACCUCCGUGUCCCGAAGCACCUCCCUCCCCCUUCUUCUCCUCACUUAUCGCCAUCCCCCUCUGGCAACUGUACAACAGGUGAUGUGUCCCCCAUCAGCAUGUCUCCUAUUAGCCAGUCCCAGUUCAUCCCACUGGGGGAUAUUCUGUGUCUGGCUAUCUCCGCCAUGAACUCUGCCCACAAACCAGUCACCCAUGACGCUUUGAUGGAGCACCUAACCACCAGCUUUCCAGGCGUUCCCACACCAAGCUCAGAGAUCCUGCGGCACACACUGAAUAUGCUGGUACGAGAGAGGAAGAUCUUCCCUUCGCCAGAGGGCUACUUCAUAGUUACCCCCCAGACCUACUUUAUAACCCCUUCCCUCAUCCGUAGUAACAGCAAGUGGUACCACCUGGAUGACCGGCUCCCAGAUUGGCAACAGCAGCAGCAGCAUUGUACCUCCCCACAGUCAGGCACAAUCACUCCCUCCACGCCAGGUUGCACCAUAGAAAGACCCAGUCGGAAGAACCACAAUGAAACCCACACUUCACACCAAGAUGACCCACCCAAAGGUCACACCUCUGGGCUCCAGAGUAAGGUGCACAAGGAGCCCAGGGGAGACCCUCCAUCAUAUCCCCAGCCCCCACCACCUCCAACUACCCCCCCAGUUCAGGCCUCACCUCAAACUCCCCCAGACAAAAACAAGGCUAAUGCACCCUUUUCCUAUAAAAUGGACACACUCACCAAAAAGAAGGAUGGCAGUGGUGGAAGCGUUGGCGGUAGCAUUAGCGAAAAGCAGUCAAAGAAGUUUGGGCUGAGGCUCUUUCGGCUUAGUUUUAAGAAGGACAAGAUGAGACAGCUAGCUACGUUCUCGGCCCAAUUCCCCCCUGAAGAAUGGCCGCUUCGCGACGAGGACAUGCCACUGGCCUCCAUUCCCCGGGAAGUCGAGAUGGAGAUUAUUCGGCGGAUCAACCCCGACCUCACAGUGGAGAACGUAGCUCGACACACGGCCGUGAUGAAGCGGCUGGAGGAAGAACGGGUACAGAGAAACAAGGCCGGGUCCGCGGCGCAGCACAGCUCCCGCAGCAGGAGGGGCCGCGGACACCGGAGGGUGCCACACGGUAAAUCCCGCUCGCAUAGUAAAACACGGCCCUCUCGGGGUGACCCUUCCGACAUCUCCAACCUGGACUUUGCAAUAAGGGACAGGGAUUACCGCUUCUUCAGCCAUUCCCUUGUGCGCUCGCCAAGGGAGGCCAUGUAUACCUUGGAGCGAAGGCGUAGUAGGGAAGGAGUGUAUUUGGUUCACAGCAAUCCCAACAUCACUGAUUCUCACUGUUCCGUCACUCCUGAGUGGGAUGUGUCCGGGGAGCUGGCCAAAAGAAGGACAGAGAUGCCGUUCCCCGAACCUUCGCACGGAACAUCCCACUCCAGGGUGCACAGGAGCCACAGUCACAACUUAGACAGGAAGUCCCGUAAUGAGAGGACGGACCAAGCCAAGGAGAGAUCUCGCUCCAUGGACAACUCCCUGGGCCCCCUUGGUGGCGUUGCUGUGUCAUUGGGAAGGUAUGACAGUCCAGAUGAGCGGAAUCGCUAUUGUACCGAUGAUGGAACCCUGCGGGCUACCAAGAAGUCAUCCCAUUACUCAAGGAUCAUGUUCACUGCUGCUAAGUACAACUCAGAAUUUUCUGUGCCUGAUAUAGGGAACAGGAGCUUGGAUGAGGCGAGGAUUAGGACUACCCUUGAAAGGAACAAAAGUAGAGACAGUUUGCCGGCCUACAGUGAUCUGAAGGGACUGUCGCCCAAGCCCUUAGCAGAUGACUACUUCCAGUGCAAUACGUCGAACGAAACAAUCCUCACUGCUCCUUCCCCUCAGGCUAAAUCUGAGCAUGACACAUUGACCUCAACCAAGGGACUCCGGAAGGGCUCCCCGGCUGAUCGUCGGACCCCUCACCUCACCUCUCCACACACUAUGGAAUACAAAGAGGAAUUGUCCACAAAAGGACAAAAUGGGUCGAUGAGACCAACACCAAGUCAGACGCCAGAGCCCAACCCGAAUGUACGCUUGACUCCACACCUACACAAUGUAGACCCUGGGGGGGGAGCCAGUUGUGUGGUGGACAAGCGCAAAGAGAUCUUCAGCAAAGACACUUUGUUUAAACCUCCACACAGUUCAUUGCCUCCAAGCUAUGUGGAAAGCAGCUGCUACACCAAGUCUGGCACAUUGCGAAAGGCCCCGCACUUCAAAUCAACAGAGGCCCUUGACAAUCUAGAUCCCCAGCAGCCUUCAAAUACAGCCGCAGACCCACUGUCUGCUGUCAUGCCACAGGGUUCUGAAUCCAAGGCACCCUCCGCCUCGUUCGACUAUUACAACGUGUCAGACGACGAGGAAGCAGAGGACAACUUGUGUAAGGAGGUUGCUGCAGCGGAGGACAAAGACCGGGCUGAGGUUGGGGGUGGGGGUGGGGGUGGCACCGGUGGGACUAUGAAGUGGCUCCUGGAGCGGGAGAAGGAGCAUCUGCAACGCAAGCUGGAGACAAAUCUGACUCUGCUCAGUCCCAAGGAGACUGAAAACAGCAGCAGCCAGAAGUCGGCUCACUCCGCCCGUCUGGACAGCAUGGACAGCAGCAGCGUGACUGUGGACAGUGGAUUUAACUCCCCCAGGACACGCGAAAGCCUGGCAUCCAAUACAUCAAGCAUUGUGGAGAGCAACAGAAGACAGAACCCAGUGUUAAGUCCAGGCCAUAUCGGCAGCACCAGUAUUGGCCUGCCCUUCAGCUUUCCAUCCAUCCCAGAACCGCCCACAAACCCACAGCCUGAGAAACUACAAAAGUCCUCAAACUGUCUAGCCUCCAUUACCAGUGUCUGACAGAGAGGAUUGUCUAAAAGAUAAGAGUUGGUGGAUGUGUAUGGUGGGUGAGUGAAACUAGGUGUGUAUUGGGUUGGAGGACUGGACAAGGACUGGGAAUCGUCUGUUUUCCCUCAACCCAUUGACAUAGCCUCCAUCACCUGAACAUCUAACUAUUGGGACUGUUAAAACAUUGGCAUGGCUUCCAGAGACUGUUGUCAGCAUCAAAAACUUCACAGAAAAAAAAAACUAAAAAAUAUAAAAUAAAUAGAAACAGAAUAAGAAAAAACUUUUU